AAAAGGGAGAUUUUGACUAUCUUUAUCGGACAAUGUGGUGUCCAAAUCGGAACAAAUUUUUGGGAACAGCUACUUUAUGAACAUGAUAUUAAUCCAGAUGGCUUUUCUCAGCUAAAAAAAACAGACUUUGAGUCAGUACACGAGCCUUUUGCCUUUUUUAACGUGACAAAAGAAAACCGAUAUGAAGCGAAGAACGGUCUGUUUAGAAGCCUUUUCAACCCUCUCUCUUUUAUCCAUGGAAAGGAGGAAGCAGCCAAUAACUACGCAAGGGGACGUUUUAUCGUAGGUGGUGAACUUCACGAACCAAUUGUCGAGCGUAUUCGCAAGGAGUUAGAGGCAACCGACAACUGCCAGGGCUUUGUUAUAAACCACAGUAUUGGUGGAGGUACUGGGUCUGGCCUGACUAUGCGCGUAAUGGAACAUCUCACCAACGUCUACUCAAAAGCUGUUGCCGUCCAGGUCCCAAUCCUUCCAUCAGAAUAUCUAUCUACUGCUGUGGUCGAUCCUUACAAUGCCGUCCUUCAUUGUGGCUCUAACAUGCCAUACAGUAACUUAACAAUCAUGAUGGACAAUGCUGCAAUUAUGAGCCUACUCUCACGUCAUCUGCAAAUUGAGAAGCCAACAGUCAUCUUCCUCAAUCGCCUCAUUUCGCAAAUCCAGAGCUGCCUAUUCUGUGGCUUUCACUACAACGCUGACCCCAUUUGCAGUACUCUUGAGGAAGUGACUACAAAUUUAGUUCCUUUCCCUUCACUACAUUUCGCGUACCUUCGCUACGCUCCGAUUGUUGGCACCCCUAGGCAGGACUUCCAGACUGCCGUACAUCCGGCCGAGGAACUAACGAAGGCCGCCUUAAGUCCUAAUUACAGCACCCUUUCGGCUGAUAAAUUUCCUAGGAGUAAGGUAAUCUCAACUUGUCUCUCUUUCCGAGGCGCUGCGGCUGGGUGGCAACGUGGCUUGGCAGCCGCAAUUCUUCACUCAAAGAUAAGCCAGUCUCUCAGUUUUGUUGAUUGGUGUCCUACAGGCGUAAAGAUAGCAAUACAUGCCGUGCCACCCCUACGACCUGUGCCCGAGUCCUGUCUAGCCGAGAGCCCUGCGAAUCUGACCAUGCUUGUGAAUGGAACCGCGGCAACCCAGCGGGCUCUACAAACUAUCAACGCACAGUUUUCAAGGUUGUAUGAACGACGAUGCUUCGUGCAUUGGUACGUUGGAGAGGGAAUGGAAGAAGGGGAAUUCACAGAGGCAUCUGACGUCGUAACCAAUAUUAUUUCACAAUACAAUAAUGCGGAGGCAUCAGAACGGUAG